UGCAUCGUUUAGAACAUCACCGUCAUGACGGCCAAUUCGGAAACAACUGGCUCCGAACUUGUGCCGGCUCUACCGGCCAAACACAAUGCAAUAUUGCGUUGGAAGCGAGUGACGAAUCCCAGCGGCCCGCAGCCUAGACCCCGCCAUGGUCAUCGGUCGGUGAACAUCAAAGAGUUGAUGGUGGUUUUUGGUGGUGGUAACGAAGGAAUCGUAGACGAAUUGCACGUAUACAAUACGGCUACGAAUCAGUGGUAUGUUCCGGCGACAAAAGGAGACGUUCCACCGGGAUGUGCCGCGUACGGAUUCGUGGUGGAUGGAACGCGAAUAUUGGUUUUCGGUGGUAUGGUGGAGUAUGGCAAGUACUCGAACGAGCUGUACGAACUGCAAGCCACCAAGUGGGAGUGGAAAAAGCUACGGCCUAAACCACCGGAAUCGGGUCCACCUCCCUGCCGUCGUUUGGGCCAUAGUUUUACGCUUGUCGGCGAUAAAAUAUACCUGUUCGGAGGAUUGGCAAACGAGAGCGACGAUCCGAAAAAUAAUAUUCCUAAAUAUCUGAACGAUCUGUACAUUUUGGAGAUCAAAAACAAUCAACUGCAAUGGGAAAUACCGACGACAUUCGGUGAAAGUCCACCGCCCCGUGAGUCCCACACCGCUGUGUCGUGGUAUGACAAAAAGCAGAAAAAGUUUUGGCUCGUAAUCUACGGUGGGAUGUCCGGGUGUCGGCUCGGUGAUCUGUGGCUGCUGGACACGGACACGAUGUCCUGGACGCGGCCCCGUACAAGUGGUCCGCUACCUUUGCCACGCUCGCUGCACAGUUCUACACUGAUUGGCAACCGGAUGUACGUGUUUGGCGGAUGGGUCCCGCUAGUGUUGGAUGACGUAAAGGUGGAGAAACACGAAAAAGAAUGGAAGUGUACAAAUACACUUGCCUGUUUGAAUCUCGAAACUAUGACUUGGGAGGAGCUGGAUUUGGACACUGAUGAGGAGAACAUGCCACGUGCCCGGGCAGGUCACUGUGCCGUCGGUAUCCAUACCCGUCUAUAUAUAUGGUCGGGUCGCGACGGUUACAGAAAGGCCUGGAACAACCAGGUCAGGGUUUGCUGCAAGGAUCUAUGGUACCUGGAGGUAGAGCGUCCCGGAACAGCGUCGCGCGUGCAACUGGUGCGCGCUUCUACACAUUCGCUCGAAGUUAGCUGGCAAGCCGUUCCAUCCGCUUCCUACUACAUCCUAGAGGUGCAAAAGAUUCCUCAAGCUCCUCCACCAUCACCGGCAGCACCGAUUGCAUUGAAUACGGCUCCGGCGGUAGUCGCAUCCCCCGCUGGGGCUACCAUAGGUUCGCCUGCCUCCAGCACAGGCUCCAUGUCUCCCGCACAAAUGAUCGGUGGCAGUAUCGGAACAACAUCCGGCGAACCAACAAUGCAUCAGCAGCCGAUUAUUAAACAGCUGCCCGGCCGAGUUUCGGGAGCACCGACAGCCAUUGCCGUAUCGGGGGCAAGUAUUCAGUCACCAACCUUGCAAAACCCAGUCAUUGCCCAAACGGCGUUGUCAGCGAGUCCCAUCCACCAAGCGGGUGGAUUACAGUCGCCAACCAACACUAAUAUCGGCAUUGUGUCGUCGCCUGUCCAUUCGGUCCCUUCGCCGGUACAGCGCAUUGUUACGAAGGUUCAACCUGCUAAGCCGAUUCAAACCACCCAAAAGGUGCUCACCACCGGUUCGCAAAUUCUGCAACAGCAGCCGGCACAAAUUGUCGCCUCACCGCAAGGCCAGUCACCAGCGCAGACCAUUCAAACGGCCAUUUUACAAACCACACAGGCACAGUUGCAACACCAGCCACAGACGAUCCGCGUCGUCGCAACCGGUGGGACAGCCAUCUCUAAUGCGCAGCAACUAACCACGGGCACCGGAACGCCAAUACGCGUGCUCUCCUCCACCGGCCAACAACUACGUAUUGGUACGGCCAGCACUGGAACUAUGCAGCAGGCCGGACAAACGGCAGUGCUGCGUACUGCUGGUCCGGGCAUCGUUUCAGGCGCACAGCUGCAAACGGUACAGCAGCGUCUUGUCAGUGCCGGUUCGGGCGGCACUUCAACCACGGCAACGAUCGGAGGAAAGCAAAUCAUACUCCAAAAACCGGUCACCAUUGUAAGCGGCAAUCCAGGUGCAGGAACUACGGGAGCCACUUCCAUCAACAGUGGUACCACCAACCAGGGACAAAUUCUAACGCUGGUCAAAACCAGCCAAGGCAUGACGAUGCAAACGGUGCCGAAAAUGAGCGUAGUUCAGAAGACGGCCGGCGGCACGGUGGCGGGAACGAUUCAUCAACCACAGCAGCAAAUAAUUACAUCCAACCUUCUGACGGGCGCAGGCGGUACAGUAGUUCAGCAGGCGACUGUUGCCGGAACAGCUGGUGGCCAGAAAACGACCGUUAUCGGUGGAAAUGUCGUCAAACUGAUGUCGACCGGUUCUGGUACGAUCGGAGGCAAACAGAUACUGAUGAAGAAUUCAAACAUUGUGCAGGUAGGAAAGGUGGGCACGAAUGCGACCGGCAAACCGACACUAGUGCUCACCAAUAAAGCAGGCCAAGCGAUCCGGGGCAAUCAGCAGGUCAUUGUGGUAACAACGCCGCAGGGAAUUCGCACAGUUAGCGGCACAGUCACUUCUUCGGCCAACAAUUUCGUGACGCUUUCCUCAUCGCAGAUGCUGAACACGAUCACCACCACGCGAUCUGCCAACAUCGGUGGUCCCACAGUGCUGCAGGCCACCUCGCUACCGGCCGUUAGUGGAACCGGUUCCACGCUGAACGCCGGAGGAACGGCAGGAAAUAUAGUGGCGGCAUCGGUUGCAUCCGGCGGCACCACCACCACUAUUGGCGGUCAAGCGAUCAAGUUGCGCACUGUACAGGGAGGUAAGCCGAUCACUUUUACGAUGCCAGUCGGAGGCCUCCAAGCCGGCGGACAAAAGAUCACGGGUACUCAAAUCAUAAAUAUGCCCCAAAAGCUAGUGAGCGGCAAAUCGGUCACGGUGCAACUUACACCGUCGGUUGGUGGCCAAAAAACGGUCACUAUCGUCCCGUCAGGAGCUGGUGGUACAACGGCCACGUCCGGUACCGUUACGGGACAGGUGGGUGGGCAGAAAAUCUUGAUGCUACCGUCGAAAACGGCGACUCGUAUCGUUACGCAGCAACAAUAUCAGCAAAUACAGUUACAGCAGCAACAACUGCAACUGCAACAACAACAGCAACAACAGCAGCUUCAACAACAACAGCAACAGCAGCAGCAGCAACAACAAGAACACCAAGUCUCUACCGACGCAGCAUUUGCGGCUCUGGCUGCUGAAGCUGGCAUGAUGGAAACAGAUGCUGAAGGCAUGGAACAGAUGGACGGUUGUUUUGAUUUGGAAACACUCGAAGUUGAAGAGGAAAUACCUGUCUUCGCGGAAGAAUCCAACAACGUCUUGCAGGUAAUGGUAAGGCAAGAUCCGAGGGCUGCCGAACUGGAUGUGGAUAUGGGAGAGAAUCCGCGCCCGGCCGGUUGCUUGCCAUUGUUCACCUUGGAACAACUUGACGGUUGCGAUGAUAGUGUUCUGUCCACCAUUAGCCGUAACAGUGGCAAACAGCACAACCAGCCCGUGCGUUACAUCAAACCGGGUCUUUACGGCGGAGCACUGACGAUGGGAUUGGCAAACAACAAUAGUGUGUCCGGCGGUGACGAUAGCGAUUCCCAGCUCGAGAAUCAAGUAUCGGACAAUGCGGACGAUCAACGACAGCAGCAGCAACAGCAGGAAGAAGCUGACGAAAUUGAUCAGAGCGGUGAACUGGCGCAUGAUAACGUGAUUUUAGAAGGAAUGGACGAUACCGGCGGAAGGGACAGUCAGGACGAGGGUCAUUUGGAAGAUGAUUCCGGUACGGAUGGUGGUGCAGCUGUCGGUUCAAUGAUGGUUUCGGGAGACGAAGAGGAAGGGACCUUUGUGGGCGGCGAGGAUAGCCAAGAUCACGAGGAAAUGUCAGCCGAGCACGAUGAAAAUGUGCUGGAAGGUGGAGCAGAUGCUGGAGAAACGAUGGACAAAGAUAAUGCAAACAUUUCGGUGGAUGAACAUAUGGAGGACGAAGAGAAUAAUGGGCUGGAUACGAUCAUGGCGGAAAAUAAUGGUGAUAAUACCACCGCUCAGUCGCAACAAGAGAUGUCAUUUGGCAGCGAGCAAGAAGAAAUGCAAGCCAUGGAGCAACACACUGCUGGUUCAUCGGAAGUAACGGAUGGUGAAGGAGCUGGCACGGAGGAGCCACCACCGUCCACAUCGUCGUCAUCUAGUGCACCCGCCGUUGCUCACGUUCCGAAAACGACCGUUGUCAGUGCCCCGACAGCAUCGGAAACGGAAGCAGCCAACAUUCUCACCACCAUAAAGAGUGGUGAAAUUUUGUCCCUUCAUAAUGCCGAACUGCUCGCUGGUGGAAGUACUGGAACUGGCAACGAGAAUAUUAUUCAGCUUGAUUCCGGCACGGCCACUUUGCUACAGUCGUGCAAUGAAAACGGUCAGAUGAUUACGUUCAAAACCGAAGCCGACGAGAAUGGCGGUGUUUCGACGCCGUCCGCUACAGAUGGUACUCCAGCUACAGUGACUCUCAGCGACGGUACCACGUUUGUAACGCGGCUGCAAACACCCGGCGACCAGCAGCAGUCCUCGAUCGGGGUUGUUGCCAGCCCGGGCAGUAUGAGCUUGGCCGGUGCUGUGGUAAAGACGGAGGAAGGCUCCAGUGCAGCAUCGUCCACCACCGGACAUCUGGAUGCGCUGGCAGAAGCGGCCGCCUCGGCAACCUCCGUGCUACCGAGUGAGCUGAUGGGUGACAUUUUGUCUUCGCCGACAUCAAACGCAUCUCAGUCGACGUCACAACAGAUUAAAUUUUUGGAUCCAACGUCGAAACAGUUCACGACGGUGGUCAUGCAGGCUGGAGGAGACGGGGCAACAGUAGCGACCGCUAGCGGAAUAGUGAACAAUGGUAACAAUGCGACGGUCGCAGGGAAACAAGUGGCCGGCAAAGCGGUCGUUCGAUCGAACUCUACCGGGAAGACGAAAGAUGAGAGAGAUGAGAAAAUGGUCAAACCGAAGGAUGAGUCCGAGAUUUGGCACACAGUGGGCAUUUUUAAGACGGUUAACCAUACCGUUUCCAACUACAUCGAUGCAAACGAAUGGGACAGUUCGAUCGAUGGCGAAAUGCUCAGCGCCGACAGCAUACCCGAUUUGAGCGAACUGAAGCGAAUAAAUCUGGAACCCGGUUGUGCGUACCGGUUCCGUGUCGCUGCCAUCAACAGCUGCGGUCGGGGUGAGUGGAGCGAUGCGACACCGUUCAAGACGUGUCUGCCUGGCUUCCCGGGCGCACCAUCAGCGAUAAAGAUUUCCAAGUCUCCUGAUGGUGCCCAUCUGUCGUGGGAACCGCCACCAUCCACAACGGGCGAUAUACUGGAGUAUUCCGUGUACUUGGCAAUUAAGUCGCAGAAUCCCGUCAAGGACAAGCCAAGCACGACAGCGGCCGCUCAGCUAGCGUUUGUGCGCGUGUACUGUGGCCCGAACAACCAGUGUAUUGUGGCCAAUCAGUCCCUGCAGACGGCACACGUGGACUUCACCUCGAAGCCGGCCAUCAUCUUCCGUAUAGCGGCCCGUAACGACAAGGGUUACGGACCGGCCACACAAGUCAGGUGGCUGCAAGACCCACAGCUCUCCAAAACGAAUGCAAUAGGCGGUGGUACGUCUGGUGGGACCAGUCAGGCCGGAAUAGCUGCAAAGCGACUGAACGACAAGUCGGCCACAAUCGUGGCUAACAAGCGGGUUAAGGUUGGCGGUUCAUCAGCAACAGGCACGAACUCGUCGAUGAUGGUUUCGCCCCAGCACCACCACUAA